AUGGAGGACCCAACCCCCGUUGUACCUACUGCUUACAAACGUCCGCGCGACGAAGAUGCCGAGCCUCAGCCCUCUACACCAUUCAAGGCUAUUUCGUCACAAGCAUCGACUCCUUUAUCGGUUCUGUCCGAUGUUCAGACACCGUCACCAAUGCCGUCAACCGUUCCCAGCAGAGCUGCCCCGACCAGCAGCACCGUCGCAAGCCAAACUCCCACACAGACAGCACCUGGCUCAAGUAAUACUCAGCAACCAGCCAAGAAGAAACGGAAGGCCCUGACGCAGCAAGAGAAGGACGACGCGGCUCGCGAGAAGGACGCCAAAGCCAAGACCAAGGCAGACAAAGCAGCACAGAAGGAGGCUGAAGCUAAGUUCAGGGCCGACGAGAAGGCCCAAAAGGCUGCGCAAAAGGAGGCAGAGAGCAAAGCAAAGGCUGAGGAGAAAGCCAAGAAAGAGGAAGAGAAGGCAAAGAAAGAGGAAGAGAAGGCAAAGAAAGAAGCUGAGAAGCGCGAAAAGGAAGAGGAGAAAGCGAAGAAGGAGCGGUCACAGAUGAAGCUCAAUGCUUUCUUCGUGAAGCCUAAAGUCAUUGCCAACAGUGCUGAACCUUCCGCGGUAGACUCAAACCCAGACUCUACUGCCCCACAUAUAUCAUCACCAUGGGACACUCCUGGCGCUGUUACUAACACAAUUCCCCCCUCUCCGCAGAGAUCCAUCCAAAAGAACGGGCAGUCAGACUACGAUCGGUGUUUCCUUCCUUUCUCGUUACCGUCACACGCUAUCCUGGCGCCCGCGAACGCAUUUAUGGAGGAUACCGAGAAGCUCAACGCGGCAAGAGCACGGUUGGAUCAGCUAUCCAAGGACGAUCAUGCCGGCUUGGAGCAUCUGACUCUGCACACCCUGAAGGUCUCGCUUCCAGCGCGCGCACGACGAGGCCUGAAGACCGCUACCAUAACGGAGGUCGUCAAACGAGUCCAUGGCUCGUCCGAUCGACCUAGCGACCUCACCAACGACGAUGAGGCCAAUCAGCAGCAGCCACUCGACAUGCUGAAGGCGAUACCUAUGAAGUAUCUGCACUUCGGUGAAGAUGUUCGUCCUCCUUACUACGGUACCUACUCAAAAUCCUAUUCGGACGCAGAUGCGCGCCGACUCGCUCGCAAUGCAGUCUCUCGAAUUCGUCAAGACACCAACUACGACUACGAUUCCGAGGCUGAGUGGGAAGAGCCUGAAGAGGGUGAGGAUCUUGACUCUGAAGGCGAAGAUGAUCUUGAAGAGGAGGGAGAUGAUGAUAUGGAUGGUUUUCUAGACGACGAGGAGGACCCGCAGCUCAAGCGGCGAAUGUUGUCGGGUGAUCUGGUGCCUGUCAGCACUGGCUUGUGUUGGGAGGAUGCCAGCGGUGUCUCCAAACUCAACGAUGGCUCCGAUGCCAUCUGCACAGAGUUCAAGGAGUUCAAGAUGGAGUUCCUGCUGGAUCCGUAUCCUCAAUCGAUCGAUCCGUUCUCAAUAGCCUACUGGGCACCACCGGCACCUAUUGUAGCCGCAACGACCGCGACAGCAAAUAAGAACGCUUCCACACAUGGCCUUAUGAAUCCGCCACCGCGAGUGCCGUUGACGCAGCGAACGAUGAAUGGGUUGCUGAACACUCUCAACUCCAACUCGGCGUCCUCUACUGCGUCCAAACCUGCGGCGCCGAGGAAGAUGAUUCCUGACGAUCAACUUCCCGCCUUCAAGGCUGAGAUUCAGGGCAAAGAUCUCACUAAGAUUGGCAUGAUCGAAGCUCUAAAGAAAGCCUUUCCGAAGCUUCCCAAGGCAGCUAUUACCAACACACUCAGCACUGUCGCCGCGAGGGUCGGUCCUACAGAAAAGGAGAAGCGCUGGGUGCUGAUCAACAAUUGA